GUGUUUUCUUCAAGAACUACUACAACAACACGUUUGAAGGCAAGCCUCCGAGCAACCGCCUGGUGAAGUUCAUGAACAAGAAUGACCAGUGGGUGAGAAAUGAGGUCAAGGAACGCGCCAACCACAACAGUUAUUGGAGACACGUGGGGUCUAUCUACCGCCAACUUGAUGGUAUGGUAGAUGGAUACAACCGCGCCUGCUCCGAGGAGUUCGGUCGCAUGACUGAGCUGGAUUUCCGGCUGCUCAACAUGAACGGAGAUCUGCUGGAUCUCAAGGACGCCCUAAAGAACGAGGCCGACGCGGAGAAGGCUAACGAAGAAUGGGAAAACCAAGCUGAGGCGGGUGUAGCGGACAGUACGGCAAGUAGAGUGGACGAGCCUGAGGAGGAUGUCGAUGCCGCCCGGCCCACACAUUGCUCGGCGUUGCUGCGUGUGCUGGAUGAUCUUAGCGACUUCUAUGUG